GUCAGUUAUCGGCCUAGGGUGGUAGAAGAGAGACUUCUCUCCCAGAUAUGGUUGAAGCGAGAUGAUCUCCAGGUCCUCGUGGUUAUAGAGACUCUCCGAGUUACAUCAGAUUUUUAGAUUACUUAGAUUGACGAUCCCCGUGAUUUGAAGAGCUGACUCCUCGUGAUUUGUUAGACUAAUACCUUUGUUGACCGUUCUCAUGGUUCAAGAGAGACCGCUGUUCUCCAAAUUUCAGUUUAUAGUGAGGUUAGAUUGACCUCUCUCCGUGAUCUCCCUGACUGAUUUAUUGGACUAACAACCCCAGGUGUAGAAAUUCCAUCCUGGUGGUUGUUGCUUCAAUUUUAAACGGCAUAGCUCUUCAUAAUAUUAUCGAGAUACUACUGCUACCUCCAAAUAUUUUCAAGAGAGGUUAGAUUCAAUUCUAUUUGUAUGUUUUUGGACUGACUCAUUGUGAUUUGUUUAACUAGAACUCUUAAAGACGUUCCUGUUAAUGUGGUAGACUAUUCACCGUGAUUGUGAACGCACAGUGCUUCGAUUAAAAGACCUAUACAUCAACUCCCAGUUAUUCGAUAGACUGACAACUCUAGAGAAAGAUUUUCAAGAACCCUGGAGCUCCUGAGAAUAUUAAUAAUCCUGGUGGUAACAUUAAUGACUCCUUGUGAUUGGUUGGACUGUAACCUAUUAGUAUUUAGAUUCUGACCGACUCCUGGUGAGACGUUCCACCACCUUCACGUGAUCUCUUCGAUUACCACCGGGUACUCCAUUGAUCGACCAACUCCUGGGGACGAGUUUUACCGCCUCCUCAAGAUCUCUCCAAUCAUCAGCUCGCGGUGCGGGACCUACUCCUGGUGACCCGUUGCACCACUUCCCCGUACGACGGAGUGCUACCAGAGCGAGGAGUCGCUAGGCUCGCCAGCCGCGAUGCUGACGCCGAUGCUCGGCUUCCUGGAGGCGUCGGGGAGUCCUCCCCUGGCCGCGCUCCACUCCAUGACCGAGAUGAAGGGCCCCGGAGGCAACCCUCACGGCAUCGACCACAUCCUGAGUCGACCCUCCAAUGCGGUGGCGACCCGCGGGCUCAGUGUGGCCAAUAUGGCGGCUGCGGCUGGCAUGGCGGCUGCCAGCUACAAGCAUCACCUGGCGGAGUUGACGUCCAGGUCGGCCAUCUACUGGCCCGGACUGCAGGGACUCGUCAGCAACCCUAUCGCUUGGCGGGAGCGACUGGCUAACAUGAGUGCAGCGACGGAAAAAGACGGCAAAAAGAAGCACACAAGACCGACAUUUAGCGGUCAGCAAAUUUUCGCGCUGGAGAAGACCUUCGAACAGACCAAAUACCUCGCCGGACCCGAGAGGGCGAAGCUCGCCUAUGCACUAGGCAUGACCGAGUCACAAGUCAAGGUUUGGUUCCAGAACCGGCGGACAAAAUGGCGUAAAAAGCACGCAGCUGAAAUGGCAACGGCGAAACGCAAACAGGAGGAAGCAGAGGAGAGCGACGAAGAGGGCGAUAUGCGACAGAGCGCUGCCAAGCGGCUGCGGAGAGAACUAGCAGCGCACUGUGCCGCAAACCCCGCCAUGUAGCAGGGGGCAUGCUGGCCCUCGCCACCGUCGACGGCCAGUGACUAGGCUGACCAACUGGCCACUAACAGUUGUUAUUAGCAAUGACAUUAUUGAACAGUUGUGAUUAGCAAGAACAGUUUCACUGGCACAAACAGUUGUGAUUAGUAACUGGCCACUGGCAGGUAUCUUUAGCAAGACAGUGCCGCUGGUACGGGCAAUUGUUAUGAGCAAGGACACCACUGGCACAAACAGUUCAACUGUUGCAGUAGGUAUGCGACUGGAAACUGACAUGGUCUCAGAGGUUUUACAGCUACAGUGGGUUGUUUGUUGGUGCUUCGUGUUUGGGGAAAAUUGCUACUGGCACGAGAAAAUUGUGACUGGCAUGAGAUAGUUGUGACUGGCACAGGAGAUAGUUGUUUCUGGUAUGGUAUAGUUGUGACUGGCACGGAAUAGUUGUAACUGAUACGGGACAGUCAUUGUUACAGAUAUGGGUAAUCGUUACUGGGAAGGAACAGCUAUGAAUUUUCAAAACAGUUAUGACACUUAUUGAAUUCUCCACCAUGUUGUCGUCAAGCAUCAUAUGGAACAGGGCUAGGCAUUGAAAUAUAAGUACUAUCAUGGAAAAACAUACAAGAAUAAAAUUGAGAAAAUUAUGUCCAACUUCCACUAUGCUAAUUACCUUGUCCAAAUUUUACUUUUAUUCAAGUGCUUGGUUGAAUAAUUCUCACUUUCUACUUAUAAAAUUAUGGUUUGAGACCAAAAGAGUAUUUGUGGACUCCAAAGAUCAAUGUGAGUAGAAGGAUAUGAGUCCUUCUUCAGUGAGUAAAAAAAUGAAAUAUUACUGUGUAAAGAUUUGAUGGCCCAUAUUUCAUGCUGACUGCGAUUCCUUUGAAGAAUUAUAGAUUGAGUACCGUCUAUUCCUGAGAAAAUUGGCAAUUAGAUUCACUGUUUCAUGCGAAGUAUUUGCGACAAUUUUUGAUCAAAAAAUUCAAUUUGAACAUUUUACUAUGUUAUCCUAGUACCGAAGUCCUGUUCCGAAUGAUUGAUCACACGAUUCCACAUUACAAUGCCAGCGGAUGAAGACUAGUACAGUGAACGAUUAUUAUUUAUUUAUUUAUUUAACAUAAAUGUAUAAUUAUGUAGAUAGGGCGGUGCGGGGUACGAGGUUGCGUGAUAAUCUAAAAAAUUUGAAAACUCGAAUUAUAUAAUAACGAUGUUGACCUCAUGCACAUUGGAACACUGUUGAUAAAGUAAUAAAUAUAUUGAAGUCAAUAGAUAUACACACUCAGAGAAUAUGAUAUUAUUAUAUAAUUAUGUAACAAACAUGUCCGCUUUACAUGAUUCUUCUUGUAAAUUUAUAUAAAAUCGUGUAAACUAGACCUGAGACUUUGUAAUAUAGUAUCGAAGGACAUUCCAAUGUAAUAACAUAAUGUAUUUAACUUUAUUGAUGCAAUAAUGAAUUAUGUAUGUACUAUUUCUUGUUCAGGGCUAAAUGAAAUUUGAAAAUCUUAGGACCUUUUCUCGACAUAUAUAUUUCUACCAAAGUUCUAAAGCUGAAACAUGUCAUGAAUGAUAAAAAUAUAUGGUGAAAAAAGGUACUUCGAUUUUCAAUUGCUAUGAUGUAUGUUCUGUAUGUUAGUUGAGAGAUUUUAUUUUGAAUGAUUUCUGGAGGAAGAAAAUUUAUAUUCAUGUAUUUCAGAUACUUAAAAUAUUUAGAAAAUUAUCAUUCACUUGAACCUACAGUACUAGAGGUUGAAUUUCAAUAUAAUUUGAGUUUUUUCCUCUUUUCGAAUGAACAUUUUCUCCUUUUUCAUCCGUCACAACCUCGUUUAGGUUAUUGAUAUUAAAUUUGAAAAUUUGAGGGAAUUUCUGGGAGUAAACUGGAAACACAAAGUUCUCUCUCGUUCUACUUGUCAAUUGUGAGGGAUUAAUUAUUUGAAGUUGAUGAUUUGUAAUGAAUUAUUAUAAAUUGCUAAUUUGUAAUUGAUAGGUCUUAUUGACAUUGUAUCUCUCCUCUAUAUAUUUGCGUUACCAAAGAAACAAAUUACUUAGUACUUAAUCUUCCGUUUGUAAAUAACCAAGAUAUGAUGAGAUAUUACGGAUAAGUUCUAGACACAUUAUAAUAAUGUGCUAUAUUUCAAGAUGAUAUAAAAAAUUAUUGUCACUUACUCAUAAACAUUCAACUAUAUAAUUAUGAAUCAGUGUUUUAACCAUUGUUAAAUUAUUAUUUCGAUUUCUGACAGACGUUUUAAAAGUGAUUUUCGCUUGAGAAAAUAAACAUCGUGUAAAAAUUAGUUUCAUUGUUUGUAAAAAAAAUAAACCAUCGAUGCAAAAGGUG